AUGGAAGUAGCUUAUCGCACUCGUUUAAUGGCAACUUUGGAUGUGACUUCUAUUUUAUUGCGACAAGGUUUGUCUUUUCGUGGUCAUUAUGAGUCCUCGGCUUCUAAUAAUAGAGGAAAUUUUCUUGAGUUUCUUGAUUGGUACAGUGCUCGAAAUGAAGACCUUGCAAAAGUUGUCUCUAAAAACGCUCCUGGAAAUAAUCAAAUGACUGCUCCUUCCAUUCAAAAACAAAUGGCUAAUGCUUGUGCUACAGAGACUACACUUGCAAUCUUGAAUGAUAUUGGUGAUAAACUAUUCACUAUUUUGGUGGAUGAAUCUCGUGAUAUCUCAGUCAAAGAGCAAAUGGCUGUUGUUCUUCGAUAUGUUAACAAUCAUGGAGAAGUUAUUGAGCGCUUUUUAGCUGUUGUUCAUGUAGCUGAUACUUCAUCAAUAUCUUUAAAAGAUGCCAUUGAUGCCUUAUUUGCGAAGCACAACUUAUCUUUGUCUAGAUUGAGAGGUCAAGGCUAUGACGGGGCUUCAAAUAUGCGAGGACAAUUUCAUGGACUAAAAUCUCUAAUUUUACAAGAAAAUCCAUUUGCUUGGUAUGUUCACUGGUUGACCGACUUCGACAGAGCCAUCAUGAUCGAAUAA